AUUAAAACUCAGCCAAGCCCAAGUCUAACAGCAGACUUAUUAGCGGCCUGCGGCGAAGCCCAAGAUGAAGCGCGACACGCGAAGAGCCGAAGAGCCAGAAGAGACCUGCGGCCACCGGUCGCGCCUCCGCCUGCCGUCCAAGUUCCCGCGUCAUCCCGUCGACUCCACCGCUCCAGCUGUCCAGGCGUAAGGCGGCUAGGCAGUCCAGCACUCUGCCCUCCAACCUCCACUCUCCAGCCCUCUAGAAUUUGAGAAUCACCAUUUCGCAACCCAGAAAAAUAUGGAAUUGGAUAAGAGCAAGUUUGAUUUGCAACUGAAUCUGUGGGCACUUCGAAUUCCAUGCCAACAUUGCAAAAUGGCCAUUCGAAUAUUCAACGGAUAUAUGCUUGACAGGCCCCGCAUAAAGCCUAUAAUGGAAGAUCCUACAAGUAAAACGAGCCGUUACUUAAUUUUAUCUGAAACAAUCCAAAAUGCAGAUUUAUCAGAAGUGCCAGCCCAAAAGCUUGCUGAACUGGAAGGUCUUUGUGAAAUUGAAGUAGUCCCGUAUUCACUGACAUUAGGGUAUUCAUAUUGGAGUGCAGACCAUAUACUAAAACAGAUUCUGCCUAUUGGACUUGAAAUUCCAUCAUCAUUUGAGACAAUAGGUCAUAUUGCUCAUUUGAACAUAACCGACGAGCUUCUUCCAUACAAGGAUGUGAUUGCAAAAGUUAUUUAUGAUAAAAAUUACCCCAGAAUCCAGACAAUUGUCAAUAAAGUUGGAAGCAUCACAAAUGAAUUUAGAGUUCCAAAAUUUGAAGUACUCGCCGGGAAAGAUGAAAUGGUUACAGAGGUAAAGCAAUAUGGAGCGACAUUCAAGCUUGAUUACAGAUUGGUCUAUUGGAACUCAAGACUGGAACAUGAGCAUCUGAGGCUAGUCUCACAAUUCAAGGCAGGAGAGACAAUAUGUGAUAUGUUUUCUGGUAUUGGUCCAUUUACUAUUCCAGCAGCACAAAAAGGUUGCAGAGUGUAUGCAAAUGAUUUGAAUCCAGACAGUGUCUACUACCUGAAGCUUAAUGCUGAUCUGAACAAGGUUAAAGACCUAGUGUUUGCUUAUAAUAUGGAUGCGAGAAAAUUUCUAUCUCAACUGAUGGCUGUACCUUCUGGUCAAGGCAAUUGGGAAUCUGGCGUUCCUCCUGAACCUUCAAGGACAUGUAAUCAUGAUCAUCCAAAUGGAAUAACAAUUUCUGUAGAGACAGGUGUAUCAGAUGAGUUGGAAGAAUUACCUGGCAAUGUUUCAAAGAUUCCUGGUAGUGCUGAAGGGGAAAAUAUAACUGCUGCUAAAAGACAUUGUGAGAGUUCUAAAGAAGGAAAUGAGAGAGUUGAAGGUAGCAGUCCUCCUCUGACUGGUACAAGAAAGAGAGGGCCAAAUAAGAGGGUUAGAGUUUCUGAUCCAUGUGACACAAAUCCCUGGGAGCAUGUAGAUCAUGUCAUCAUGAACUUACCAGCAUCUGCUCUGCAAUUUCUCGAUGUGUUCAGAGGCCUUAUAGAAAGGAGAUGUUGGAAGGGCUCUUUACCUCGAAUUCAUUGCUAUUGUUUCAUGCGCUCGUCUGAGACCAAGGAGUAUAUAAUUUCAGAAGCAGAGACUGCAUUGAAUGCUAGUAUAGCAGACCCAAUAUUUCACAGGGUAAGAGACGUUGCUCCAAACAAGGCAAUGUUUUGUUUGAGUUUUAGAUUGCCAGAGGAAACUUGUAAACAUCACAAAGUCAAUGGUAGCUCUCUGCUUUCAUCAGGAGAAUCUUGACUGGUUUCUGGGAAAGCUUUCAACUCCAUCUGGAAGUUUAAAGCUCUAUGUGUUUCUUUCAUAGUAAUGAUUAGAAAGAUUGAUCUGUAAGAUGGCAACUGAUUUGGAAGAAACAAUGUAGCAUAAGGAUCCUCUUGUACUUGCCUACUUGGUGCUUUUAGCUUUCAAGGACAGCAGCAGCAGAGACUUUCCAAACAGCAUUCACAGGUCUCAGCGCAGCAGAAGCAGCAACAAAAUGCAAACAAACUGUGAUUUUUCGGUUAUUAAAAGCACAAAAAGAAAACAUUGAUCAAACAUAAGUUUACGGGAAAAAGAACGAGUGAAUCGAAAAAGAAAGGUUACAAACCAAGCAUAGAUGCAUCCUUUCUCUUCAUGUCGCAGCUCGAUGUGAUCAGUGUAUGACAUUUCUUGAUAUGCUAGUGGUACAUCCAUUUUCUUAUUUUCCAAACUAUUCACCUCCUAUCUAAGGUAAAAUCUUGAAUGAAGAUUAUUUAUCAUUACUGUAAAUUAGUAAAGAUUAUUUAUAGAUAAUUUAAUGGGACAAGAGGGUAUGCAUGCAAUGUGAUUCUGUAGAAGCGAAUGAUGGCAA